GUCUUCAGUGUGUUUCUGUUCAUUCAGACACACAGAGCGACAUCACUGUACUCAUGACAUGUGUGUGAUCUGAUCCUGUCGGGAUGUGCUGUUUCAGGAUCAACCAAUAACACACUCACAUGUUUGUAUGGAAACGAGAAACAGGUGUUUUCUCCAAGAGAGCUGAAAGGACAAUUGUGUGUCUCAUACCCCUCGCCCACAUUACCCAGCAGCCCCUUCGCCAGCACGGCUGUGACCCCUGGAGCUCAGCCAAUCGAAGCAGCCCAUCAGGUCAAGAGGUCAUGCUGGGAAAUUUACUACCAAGCCAACCACAACCUGGGAACUAUGGCAACCUGACGUCACAUGAGCGCCUGAACGUCCGACAGCAUUCGACUGCAGCGUCUGAAGUCCCUAAACAUCUUCCAUCGAUGUUGAGCUUUCACAGAGAUUCGUAUCUCUCUGUCAGAAGUGCCGAGAGCUGCACGGGAGCUUCACAGACUGGAGAUGCUUCUAUCAAUUCUUCUGAUCACAGCAGUGAUAGUUCUGUGUGUUCAUCAUCUCCUCUGACACCUCCUACAGGAGCCAAUCAGUGGCCACAAUCCACUGGACAGACAUCACUGCCAGCCAAUUACAAUCCUCCGCUGCAUUCGCUGAUUGAGGACAGACUCGACCGACUCGAAGAUGCGAUUCAUGUUCUACGAAAUCAUGCGGUGGGCGUGACCAAUGCUGACCUGACCAAUGAUCUGUGCAGCCUGUUUGGACCAAUCACAUCCAUGCGGCCCAACUUACCCACCUCUGGCCUAAUGACUAACAGAACAUCAGUGGCUAGUGAAUCUGCUGGUGUGGCGAUGUUUUCAUCAGUAGCCCAACUCACAUCUGACACCACCAAUCAGAGAGGCAGACAUAGAGGUGUGAUGUCUCAGGAUGUUUUGAGGUGUGUGGAGUUUAAAUCAGAACGUGUUGAUGUGGAAGAACUCCGGCAGAACUCAUCUGAUGAAGACAUCAGAGACGCUGGAACCAGGGCGAGUGUUCAUGAGGAUGAGAACUUGAGUCCAGAGCAGAAAGCCGGGCGUGAGCGUGAGAGGAGAAUGGCGAAUAAUGCUCGUGAGCGACUGCGUGUGCACGACAUCAACGAGGCGUUUAAAGAGCUUGGUCACAUGUGUCACUUACACCUGCAGAACGACAAACCACAGACCAAACUGCUCAUUCUGAAUCAGGCCGUCACUGUAAUCCUGAGCCUAGAACAGCAGGUCAGAGAGCGCAAUCUGAACCCGAAGACUGCGUGUCAGCACAGAAGAGAAGACGAGAAAUCAUACAUGAGUCUCGACCCACAAUUUAUGAACAUCCACAACAUACAGACAGAUCUACACAACAACAUGACAGGUCGUCUCUGACAGACGUGUGUUCAGAUCAUUAGUUUAGUCCAAACACUCUUGUUACAGUAUUAACACACAAUCAAACAUUAUAACAUCAGAUGUUUUCAUGUCUACACAACAUUACGACAGCGUUCCCUCAACACUGUGUAUAUAUACACACAGCACCUGACAAACCUGUUCAUGAGUGAAUGUGUGAAAACUGAAGUGUUUCUCAUGAUCCAAUAAACUGAGAAACAGUCAAACUCAUUUUAACAACAAAUAAAAUAACGUUUGAUUUCUCUGUAGCGAACACUUUGAUGUCUUUUGCAAACAUGAUGUUUUUGAUGAUCAGUGAAUAUAUCAGUUACACGAUACUUCAGAAUCUAUGAACGCAGAUGAUAAAAAUAUUAGCAUUAUUUCUGUAAAAUCUCUUUUUAUUACCUAGACUACAUAUAUGUACAUUUCUCAGAUGUAAACAUUCUU